GAUGUCGUAAGAUUCCUAAGGACGCAGGUGGAGCGCCUCCUCUGUGCUGCGAUGAGGUAGGCGCAUUCGUCACUUCACUUCUCCCUCUCCGCUUGAUCCGGAAAGGAAGGACGGAAUGCGUCCCACGCGGCGAGCUGGGAUAGCUGCGCAGGCGCAGCUUCCGGCUCUGUGUCUCGGGAAUUAUUUGACGCCACCGGUUCAGCCCCGCAGAAAGCGCUGAUUAGGCACACCGCGCACGCGCAGUGGCCCACUUGGCAGGGGAGUUAUUUGACGCCGCCGCCCCUGGCAGUCGGAAGUUGCCUGAGCAGAGCCCAGCCGGCUGGCCCGACUGGCCUUCGUCGUCCCUUGACGCCCUGGGAGAGUCGCUGACGGGUGGACUGACGGACCGUCUGAGGACGGCCGGCCAGGGCGGUGAAAGCGCCGGCCCUAUGGCACGGGUCGCGUGAGGCGGAAGGCCGAGUACGGCCGGCGGCGGCGCCCGCCCCGGCGAUGCGGGCCCCGCCCGUCGCCUCAGGUGCCAUUUGGAUUGUACUUUAGUGGCACGAUGUACUCUGAGUGGAGGUCACUGCAUUUGGUGAUUCAGAAUGAUCAAGGCCAUACCAGUGUGCUGCACAGCUAUCCAGAGAGUGUUGGACGAGAGGUGGCAAAUGCUGUAGUCCGUCCUCUUGGGCAGGUGUUAGGUACCCCUUCAGUGGCUGGUAGUGAGAGUUUGUUAAAAACUGACAAAGAAGUAAAAUGGACCAUGGAAGUAAUUUGCUAUGGACUGACCCUUCCAUUGGAUGGAGAGACUGUAAAAUAUUGCGUUGAUGUAUAUACAGACUGGAUUAUGGCUUUAGUGUUGCCGAAAGAUUCUAUUCCAUUGCCAGUUAUUAAAGAGCCUAAUCAAUAUGUUCAAAGUAUACUAAAACACCUACAAAAUCUUUUUGUACCAAGACAGGAACAGGGUUCCAGUCAGAUUCGACUAUGCUUACAGGUCCUGAGAGCCAUUCAGAAACUGGCCCGUGAGUCAUCUCUCAUGGCCCGAGAAACCUGGGAAGUCUUACUGUUGUUUCUUCUGCAGAUUAAUGACAUACUUCUGGCCCCACCAACUGUUCAAGGUGGCAUUGCUGAGAAUCUAGCAGAGAAGUUGAUUGGUGUUCUCUUUGAGGUGUGGUUACUAGCUUGUACUCGGUGCUUCCCAACACCUCCUUAUUGGAAAACAGCCAAGGAGAUGGUGGCUAACUGGAGGCAUCACCCAGCAGUGGUGGAGCAGUGGAGCAAGGUCAUUUGUGCGCUCACUUCCAGAUUGCUACGCUUUACAUAUGGGCCUUCAUUUCCUCCAUUUAAAGUUCCCGAUGAAGAUGCCAGUCUGAUCCCUCCAGAAAUGGAUAAUGAGUGUGUUGCACAGACAUGGUUUCGCUUUUUACACAUGCUAAGUAAUCCUGUGGAUUUGAGUAACCCAGCUAUUAUAAGCUCUACUCCCAAAUUUCAGGAACAGUUCUUGAAUGUGAGCGGAAUGCCGCAAGAAUUGAAUCAGUAUCCCUGCCUUAAACAUCUGCCUCAAAUAUUUUUUCGUGCCAUGCGUGGAAUCAGCUGUCUGGUGGAUGCAUUCUUAGGUAUUUCUAGACCCCGAUCAGACAGUGCUCCCCCAACACCCGUGAAUAGAUUAAGUAUGCCUCAAAGUGCUGCUGUCAAUACCACCCCACCACAUAACCGGAGGCACCGGGCUGUUACUGUGAAUAAGGCCACCAUGAAGACAAGCACAGUUAGUACUGCUCAUGCCUCUAAAGUUCAGCACCAGACGUCUUCCACCUCUCCUCUGUCAAGUCCAAAUCAGACUAGUUCAGAACCCCGGCCACUGCCUGCCCCUCGGAGACCAAAGGUUAACAGCAUCUUGAAUCUCUUUGGAUCGUGGUUAUUUGAUGCAGCAUUUGUUCACUGUAAACUUCAUAAUGGGAUAAACAGAGACAGCAGCAUGACUGCCAUUACAACACAAGCUAGCAUGGAGUUUCGACGGAAAGGGUCACAAAUGUCCACAGACACCAUGGUUUCCAAUCCUAUGUUUGAUGCAAGUGAAUUUCCUGAUAACUAUGAAGCAGGAAGAGCUGAGGCUUGUGGGACACUGUGUAGGAUUUUUUGUAGCAAGAAGACUGGAGAAGAGAUUCUGCCAGCUUAUUUAUCCAGAUUUUACAUGCUUUUAAUUCAAGGUUUGCAGAUAAAUGAUUAUGUGUGCCAUCCUGUCUUGGCCAGCGUUAUUCUAAACUCUCCUCCUUUGUUCUGCUGUGACUUGAAAGGGAUUGAUGUUGUGGUUCCUUACUUUAUUUCAGCUCUUGAAACCAUUUUGCCUGACAGAGAGCUCUCAAAAUUCAAAAGCUAUGUAAAUCCAACAGAAUUGCGAAGAUCCUCCAUUAAUAUCCUACUUUCUUUGUUGCCCCUCCCUCAUCAUUUUGGCACAGUCAAAUCUGAGGUGGUCCUGGAAGGAAAAUUUAGUAAUGAUGACAGCUCGACUUAUGAUAAACCAAUAACUUUUCUGUCCCUGAAGUUGAGACUUGUGAAUAUAUUAAUAGGUGCCUUGCAAACAGAAACGGACCCCAACAAUACCCAAAUGAUAUUAGGGGCAAUGUUAAAUAUUGUUCAAGAUUCAGCACUUUUGGAAGCCAUUGGUUGCCAGAUGGAGAUGGGUGGUGGAGAAAAUAACCUGAAGAGUCAUAGUCGCACCAAUAGUGGUAUUAGUUCAACAAGUGGUGGAAGCACGGAGCCCACGACUCCCGAUAGUGAGAGACCUGCUCAAGCUCUCUUAAGAGAUUAUGGAUCGACAGCUCUUAAUACAGAUUCAGCUGCUGGGCUCCUGAUUCGCAGCAUUCAUCUCGUCACCCAAAGACUCAACUCCCAGUGGCGCCAAGACAUGAGCAUAUCACUGGCAGCUUUAGAGCUCCUCUCUGGCCUUGCAAAGGUAAAGGUAAUGGUUGACUCAGGAGACCGGAAGCGAGCCAUCAGCUCUGUGUGCAGCUACAUUGUGUAUCAGUGUAGUCGGCCAGCUCCUUUUCACUCUAGGGAUCUGCACUCCAUGAUAGUGGCAGCUUUUCAGUGUCUCUGUGUCUGGCUGACAGAGCAUCCUGAUAUGCUUGAUGAAAAGGACUGCCUUAAGGAAGUACUGGAGAUUGUGGAACUGGGUAUCUCAGGAAGUAAGUCCAGGAACAGCGAGCAAGAGGUCAAGUACAAAGGAGAUAAGGAGCCAAACCCUGCAUCUAUGAGGGUAAAGGAUGCUGCUGAAGCCACCCUAACAUGCAUUAUGCAGUUGCUCGGCGCAUUUCCUUCACCUAGUGGUCCUGCCUCUCCUUGUAGUCUUGUGAAUGAGACCACUUUGAUUAAAUACUCCAGGCUGCCAACCAUAAACAAGCAUAGUUUCCGGUACUUUGUCUUGGAUAACAGUGUCAUCCUGGCAAUGCUGGAACAACCUCUUGGAAAUGAGCAGAAUGAUUUUUUCCCCUCUGUCACUGUGCUGGUCCGGGGGAUGUCUGGAAGACUUGCUUGGGCACAACAGCUUUGUCUUUUACCCAGAGGAGCAAAAGCAAAUCAGAAGCUUUUUGUGCCUGAACCUCGCCCAGUUCCUAAAAAUGAUGUUGGAUUUAAAUAUUCUGUGAAACAUCGGCCAUUUCCUGAAGAGGUGGACAAGAUUCCUUUUGUGAAAGCAGAUCUCAGCAUUCCAGAUUUGCAUGAAAUAGUCACUGAAGAAUUAGAAGAGAGACAUGAAAAAUUAAGGAGUGGCAUGGCCCAGCAGAUUGCUUAUGAAAUACACCUUGAGCAACAGAGUGAGGAGGAAUUGCAGAAGAGAAGCUUUCCUGACCCAGUUACGGAUUGCAAGCCCCCACCUCCUGCCCAGGAAUUCCAAACAGCCCGCCUUUUCCUCUCACACUUUGGAUUUUUGUCCUUAGAAGCAUUGAAGGAACCUGCAAAUAGUCGUCUACCUCCUCACCUUAUUGCACUUGAUUCCACGAUACCUGGAUUUUUUGAUGACAUAGGGUAUCUGGAUCUCUUGCCAUGUCGUCCUUUUGACACAGUUUUUAUUUUCUAUAUGAAGCCAGGUCAGAAAACAAACCAAGAGAUUUUGAAGAAUGUGGAGUCUUCCAGAACUGUUCAGCCACAUUUCCUAGAAUUUUUGCUUUCCCUUGGCUGGUCAGUAGAUGUGGGCAGACACCCUGGUUGGACUGGGCAUGUUUCUACCAGUUGGUCUAUUAAUUGUUGUGAUGAUGGUGAAGGAUCUCAACAAGAAGAAGUGAUUUCCUCUGAAGAUAUUGGAGCUAGCAUUUUCAAUGGACAGAAGAAGGUGCUGUAUUAUGCUGAUGCCCUUACAGAAAUUGCUUUUGUGGUUCCUUCUCCUGUGGAGUCCUUAACUGAUUCAUUGGAAAGUAACAUCUCGGACCAAGAUAGUGAUUCAAAUAUGGAUCUUAUGCCAGGAAUUCUGAAACAGCCAUCCCUGACACUUGAGCUUUUCCCCAAUCAUACAGACAAUCUUAAUUCCUCACAGAGGCUCAGUCCCAGUUCCAGAAUGAGAAAGCUGCCUCAGGGUCGCCCUGUUCCUCCCCUUGGACCUGAGACAAGAGUUUCUGUAGUCUGGGUGGAACGCUAUGAUGAUAUAGAAAACUUUCCCCUCUCAGAGCUGAUGACAGAGAUCAGUACUGGUGUGGAAACUACUGCAAAUAGUAGCACUUCACUGAGAUCUACGACUCUUGAAAAAGAAGUUCCUGUCAUCUUCAUCCACCCUUUAAACACUGGAUUAUUCCGGAUAAAAAUUCAAGGAGCCACUGGAAAAUUUAAUAUGGUCAUCCCUCUUGUGGAUGGGAUGAUUGUCAGCAGGCGAGCUCUUGGCUUUCUGGUGAGGCAGACUGUAAUUAACAUUUGUAGAAGGAAGAGACUGGAGAGUGACUCCUACAGUCCACCCCAUGUCCGCCGGAAACAGAAAAUCACCGACAUUGUCAACAAGUACCGGAACAAACAGUUGGAGCCAGAGUUUUAUACUUCACUUUUCCAGGAGGACCAAGCAGCAAACUGCAGUAGUUUAUGAAGGAUUCUAAAAUGGGGUUCAGGAAUAGCCUCUCAGCGCUACUAAUUCAGAUCUCCCAGAGAACUACUGGAUUUCCUCAUAAUUGACAAAACAUGAGUGACCAUCUCUUUGGGUGGCUACUGUUAGAAAUGGCUGUUGUUGUCAUGUUUUCUGGACUUUGCCAGCCAACAGAUCCCUGCCAGGUUUUGGAAAUACUUCUGUUACCUCGCUGCUACUUUUCUGCAGGGAUAAAACUUUUGAGGUGGCCAGACCCAGAACAUCCUUACAAGGAUUCCUGUUACAGUGCUACAGUAUACACUGCUCAUUUAUCCUAUUCUCAUGUGCUUUCUUCUUUAGUAAGAUUAUUUUAUGUUAAGAAAAUAAGUGAUAUUUAAAGUCCAAAGAGAAAUGAUCACAGUUGUGUAAGGGGUGUUUUCCCCCUUGAACUCUGAUGUCAGUAGACUGUGGGUCAGAGCUGCGACGAUCUGUUUGGUUUGAUGUUUUGGUGGGUUACUUAGGGGGCGGGGGUAGUGUGGAACCUAAUUCCCUGUGCAAAAGUCUCUUAUUCCAGAAGUGUGCAUUUUGCCAUCUAUAAGCAAGAAAUAUGGGCAUAGCAGCUCUUGGUUUAAAGUUUGCCAUAACCUGUUCUUCAUGUUUGUUUUAAGCUCAGGUAAAGAUAACCUCCUCUUUCUAUGACUCCAGUUUCCAUUCAGGUUAUAGUAUUAUUAUUCAAUAGUUGAUUUUCUUUUUAAGCUGGGCAAUAAAUUGAUGUUUCCAGAUGGUAGCAUGGGAGAGGGCAUUCGGGAUAAAGAUGAGCCAAUUCUACCCUAAAAAAUGUUCUAGUGGUUCACAGGAACAAGAUGAGGUUUAAUAACUUUCAAGGUAAUUCUAGAUUGACAUUUUGAGGGGAAAAUGGGCUCUUGUUCUAGUUGAAGUGAGCAGAGAAGGCUAUAAAUUAACAUGUAACUUACAACAUUGCAGAGGUUAAAAAUAACUGAUGUAGAUGUACUUCAGUAUGAUUCUUCAGAUCAGACUUUUACCUUUGGCAUAGUUAAUUUCAGAAAAAUAUGCUGUGUGUGUGUAUGAGGGUUGGACUUGCUGAUCCUUCAGUUAGGUCUAAUUUCUGGCAACUCUUUGUAAUUCCAAUGUAUUUGAUAUGUAAACAAUGAUGUUGAAUGCAUUUGUGAUCUGGGAGACUCCCUGGUCUUCCAGGGAAGGAGGGAUGUGCAGCCCCUGAAGGCAUGAAACUCCCAGUGUGUACGGAGCCAGUGGACUAUGGGAUACCCGUACCGUACCUUACCAGGCGCUGGUUCCUUCUGCUCAAAAUAAUAUCUGCC